ACCAGGUUCCUCAAAACGCAACUUACUUGAAGAAGCAUGAGCGACGUGGAUGAACAUGAGACCAAGGCCGCCGAAGCCCCGGUGGUGGAAGACUGCAGCAACACUGACGUGGUGACCAAGUACCGUCUGGCCGCCGAGAUCGCGCAGUCCGCCUUGGAAGGCGUCAUUGCGCAGCUGCUCCCUGGCAAGACCGUCGUCGAAGUGGCGACGUUCGGGGAUGCGUUGAUCGCUGCCCGUGCUGGUACCGUGUACAAGAGCAAGAAGGUCGAGAAGGGCAUUGCCUUCCCCACGUGCUUGAGCGUGAACGAAGUCGUGUGCCACUUCUCCCCCCUUCCCAGCGAAUCCGUCACGUUGAAGGCGGGCGACUGGGUCAAGAUCGACUUGGGGUGCCACAUCGACGGCUACAUUGCCGUGGUCGCGCACACCGUGAUCGUUCCGGACGCGGAAGCGUCGGACAACAUUGUGCUUGGCGCCCAAGCCGAUGUGCUCAAGGCUGGGCACGAUGCCGUGGAACUGUGCGCGCGCUUGAUCAAGCCGGGCAACACCAACGCCCAAGUGACGGAAGCGUUGGAAGCGUUGGCCGCCGCGUAUGGCGUCAAGGCCGUGUCGGGCACGCUCAUGCAUCAACUCAAGCGCUUCGUGAUCGACGGCAGCAAGACCAUCGCCGCCAAGAACGACCCGGAAACCAAGGCCGCGCGCGCCACGUUUGACGUGAACGAAGUGUACGCGAUCGACGUCGCGUUCACCACGGGCUUGGAGAAGCCCGUCCAAUCCGAGCGCCGCACCACCGUGUUCAAGCGCCAAGUCGACAAGAGCUACCGCCUCAAGAUGAAGGCCAGCCGCUACGUGUUUUCCGAAAUCAACUCGAAGUUCCCCACCCUUCCGUUCACGAUCCGCGCCUUCGACGACGAGUCCCAAUCCCGUCUGGGUGUGAGCGAGUGCGUCAAGCAUGACCUGCUGACCCCGUUCCCGGUCCUGGAAGGCCGCAGCGGCGAUCACAUCGCGCACUUCAAGGCGACUGUGCUGCUCCUGCCCAACGGCACGACCAAGAUCACGGGCCUGCCACUGCCCGUAGACCGCGUUAAGUCGGAUAAGGUGCUCACGCCCGAACUCGCCGCCGUCUUGAGCUCGUCCUUGAAGAAGAAGAACAAGAAGAAGGCCAAGAAGGCUGCUGCAGGUGGUUCAAAGGCCAUCGAUGACGACUUAGAAUAAACCCUUGGUUCUUUGCGUUUUUCUGUUUGGGCCAAUGAAGUGGUAGCAAAUCGCGAAACAACGAUGCGAUUGGUCGAAUGUAUUAGUUUAUGAUCCAAUCAAAUCAAUGGUCGUCGUUGUUGCUGAAUUAACAAGUUAGUACUAUUGUCGAUUUGAUCCAAA